AACACUAAAACGAACACGAUAUAUUAUUACUCGACAACUGUUCGUUAAAUUUUAAUAAAUAGCUUAUAUUUCAAUCACUAUGGCAUUUUGUUUCAUCAGUAAAAAUUAAUUGAAUUGAUACUAGUUGAACACAACAAAAUAGAAGAAUAGACAUGGAGACGUGGCGUAGAGUACAAGUAAAAAUAUACUCUACUUGUUUGUUUUUCUUGGCUUUGGACUCUGUUGCUUUGAGCUCAGAUGUAGAAAACCAUUUAGAAAUGGGGCGUAAUUUUUUAGCCCGUGGUCAACUACAAGAUGCUCUUUCCCAUUAUCAUGCUGCUGUUGAGGGUGAUCCUGGAAACUAUUUAACAUAUUUCAAAAGAGGAACUGUCUAUCUAGCUUUAGGAAAAGCCAAAUUUGCAUUAUUAGAUUUUGGAAAAGUGCUCGAUCUCAAACCAGAUUUUACAUCAGCUCGAUUUCAACGGGGUGUUGUUUAUAUGAAACAAGCAUCAUUUGAAGAAGCUAAAAAGGAUUUAUAUAAUGUUUAUAUAAACAAUGGUGAUUUUUCUGCGGAAGCAAAUGAAUUAUAUUCUAAACUGGAUGGUCUUGCUUAUGAUGUAGAUUUAGGAUUAUAUUACCAAGAUCAAAAUGACCAUGCUAGUGCAGUACAAAUUUAUGAUCGAUUGAUAGAGCAUUGUCCAUGGGCCCCUUCUUUGCGUGAAAACCGUUCUCAAUCUCAUUUGAAAAUAGGUAACAUUCAACAUGCCAUAAUGGAUCUACGAACUGCUACAAAGCUUCAAUCUGAUGAUACUGAUGGUUAUUAUAAAUUAUCAAAGCUUCAUUAUAGUAUAGGACAAGUAUCUGAAUCACUUAGAGAAAUUAGAGAAUGCUUAAAAUUAGAUCCAGAUCAUAAACUAUGCCAUAGUCAUUAUAAACAAGUUAAAAAAGUUGAUAAAUUGCUUAUUGACAGUCAAUCAGCAUUUAAUAUUAAAGAUUACUCCAGUUGUAUUACAUUUUCUAAAAAAAUUUUAGAUGCAGAGAAAAAUGAAAACAAUGUAAGGUUUUUAGCAAAUGAAAAAUUGUGUCAGUGUUAUCAACAUACAGAUGAAUUGUCACUAUCAUUAAAUUAUUGUAGUGAUGCAUUAGAAAUAAGUCAAACACCAGAUUUGUAUUGUGAUCGAGCUGAUGCUUAUAUAGAAAAUUCUAUGUUUGAUGAAGCUAUUAGAGAUUAUGAACAUGCACUUGGAAUUGAUCAAGAUCACAGACGAGCUAAUGAAGGCCUACAAAAAGCAAAAAAACUUCAAAAACAAGCUGAGCGUAAAGAUUACUACAAAAUAUUAAAUGUUAAGAGAACUGCAACCAAACAAGAAAUUGUCAAAGCAUACCGAAAAGCAGCACAGCAAUGGCAUCCAGAUAACUUCCAAGGUGAAGCAAAAAAGAACGCUGAGAAAAAAUUCAUUGAAAUAGCAGCUGCUAAAGAAGUUUUAACAGAUCCUGAAAAACGAGCUCAGUUUGACCGCGGUAUUGAUCCAUUAGAUCCAGAAUCAGGACGCCACCCUGACGGCUUUAAUCCUUUCCAACAGUUCCACCAGUUUCAUGGAAGUCCAUUUACUUUUAAAUUUAAUUUCAACUAAUUCGUAUAACGCAUUGAUGCACGGUGCCAUAAACGGUUUAGUUUUUGUCCUAUUAAUAGGGCACAAAAGGCUGUGUAUGCUAUGAUUUGUAAAUAAUAUAAUGUAAACGUAAAUAACAAUAAAUUAUAUGAAUGUAUAUAGUUA